GUGUACACUUCCCCAGCCGAUCAAACGUUCCUCCCCUUUUCGCGCUGUAAGCAAGCGACAAUUUUGUGUUGCCACAGUGGGCAAUGGCUUCAACCUUUAGCUGUCUCAAAAUAUUGUCAACAAGCUAGUAAAGCCUCCUACUCGGUUUAAGAUACAGCGGGUAGUUUGGCUUCGAGAGGCGUGUUGACCAGUGAAUGCAUAGAGUCAAGAAGGUGAAGCUUUGUGAGACUAAAGAAGAGAUCUGGAAAAGCUGUGUAACAGUUAAGAUGACGGCUGUGGAUGGCCUAUCGGACAGCACAGAGGUCGUGGAGAUGGAGGACGUGCCCUCUCAGUUUUUUGUGGAGAAACACUCGUGGGAAGGACUCCGUGACAUCAUCCACUGCAGCAGAAAGUACUCCGGCAUGAUCGCCAACAAGGCUCCGCAUGACUUCCAGUUUGUGCAAAAGAAGGAUGAAACUGCUCCCCAUUCCCACCGGUUAUACUACCUCGGAAUGCCUUACGGAAGCAGAGAGAACUCUUUGCUCUACUCAGAAAUCCCAAAGAAGAUCUGCAAAGAGGAUCUCUCAGUCUUGUCAUGGAAACAAAUGCUUGAUCACUUUCAGGCAACACCACACCAAGGGGCCUACUCACGAGAGGAAGAACUGCUGAGGGAGCGUAAACGUCUUGGAGCAUUUGGAAUAACAUCUUAUGACUACCACACACAGACAGGCCUGUUUCUCUUCCAGGCUAGCAAUAGCCUGUUUUACUGUCGGGAUGGAGGCAACAAUGGCUUCAUUCAGUCCGCUCCCGUGAAGCCUGUGGAGAUCAAGACCCAGUGCUCAGGCACCCGGAUGGACCCGAAAAUCUGUCCGGGAAACCCUGAUUUCAUUGCCUUUAUCAACAAUAAUGACCUGUGGAUAACUAACAUCAAGACUGGAGAGGAGAAGAGACUCACCUACUGUCACAAAGGUGUAGAUAAUGUCAAGGAAGACCCGAAGUCGGCAGGUGUAGCCACUUUUGUCAUCCAAGAAGAGUUUGAUCGAUUUACAGGCUAUUGGUGGAAUCCCUCAGCAGAGAAAGACUCAAGUGGCGGAAAAACUGUAUAUCUACUGUAUGAGGAGGUAGACGAGACAGAAGUCGAAAUUAUUCAUGUGCCAUCUCCAGCACUGGAAGAGCGUAAGGCCGAUGCAUACAGAUACCCCCGCACAGGUAGCAAAAAUCCACAGGCAACACUUAAACUAGCAGAAAUCAAGACAGACCAUACAGGGAGAAUUGUGAGAAUGCAAGAUAAAGAGCUGGUAGUCCCCUUCACCUCCUUGUUUCCAGGAACGGAAUACAUUGCAAGGGUAGGAUGGACAAGUGACGGCAAAUAUGGCUGGGCAGUGUUGCUGGACCGCAGCCAGAGGAAAUUGCAGCUAGUCCUGCUACCGCCAACUCUCUUCAUCCCUGUUACCAAUGAUAAGGCUCAGAGAGAGGCCAAUCUGGAGGCAGUCCCCAUUAACACGCAACCAUAUAUUAUCUAUGAAGAAACCACCGACGUUUGGAUUAAUGUCCAUGAUAUAUUUUACCCAUUUGUUCAAACAUCAGAAGAAGAGUUUACUUUUAUUUGGAUCAAUGAGUCUAAAACAGGUUUCAGUCAUCUUUAUAAAAUCACAUCCUUUUUACAACCAAACCGCUGCUACAUGUGGACAGAGAAAUACCAACCCAUAGACGGACAAUUUAAAUGUGCAAUUAAGGAGGAAGUUGCACUGACCAGUGGAGAAUGGGAAGUGCUUGCCAGGCAUGGCUCAAAGAUCUGGGUGAAUGAGAUUACAAAGUUAGUGUAUUUCCAAGGCACCAGAGACACUCCGCUGGAACAUCACCUAUAUGUGGUCAGCUAUGAUUCUCCAGGAAAUGUAGUCAGACUAACAAAACCUGGUUUCUCUCAUAGCUGCUCCGUUAGUCAAAACUUUGACUUUUUUGUCAGCCACUACAGUAAUGUGAGUACACCACCUUGUGUUCACGUCUACAAACUGACCAGUUCAGAAAGUGACCCCUUACAUAUAGCACCUGAAGUCUGGGCCAGCAUGAUGGAGUCACCAGGUUGCCCAGGAGAUUACAACCCACCCGAGAUUUUCGACUUUCCCGGCAAGUCUGGCUUCCAGCUUUACGGGAUGGUUUACAAGCCUCACAACCUGCAACCUGGCAGGAAGCAUCCCACGGUUCUCUUUGUGUAUGGAGGCCCACAGGUGCAGUUGGUAAACAACUCCUUCAAGGGGAUGAAGUACCUCCGUUUGAACACGCUGGCCUCAUUGGGCUACGCCGUAGUUGUCAUUGAUGGAAGGGGGUCUUGUCAGAGGGGCCUUGAAUUUGAAGGCGCCCUUAAAAAUAAAAUGGGUCAGGUAGAAAUCGAAGACCAGGUGGAAGGCCUGCAGUAUGUAGCGGAGAAGUUUAACUUUGUGGACCUGAGUCGUGUGGCUAUUCACGGUUGGUCCUACGGCGGUUUCCUCUCGCUCAUGGGCCUCAUCCAGCGACCCAACGUAUUCAAGCUGGCAAUUGCAGGGGCCCCCGUGACCGUAUGGAUGGCGUACGACACGGGCUACACGGAACGUUACAUGGACGUGCCUGAGAACAACCAGCAGGGCUAUGAGGAAGGCUCUGUCGCGUUGCACGUGGACAAGCUGCCUAGCGAGCCAAACCGUUUGCUGAUUCUACAUGGAUUUCUAGAUGAAAAUGUGCACUUUUUCCACACCAAUUUCUUGGUGUCGCAGAUAAUCCGUGCUGGGAAGCCCUAUCAACUUCAGGUCUACCCCAAUGAGAGGCACAGUAUCCGCUGCCCCGAGUCUGGAGAACACUAUGAGAUAAUGCUGCUGCACUUUCUACAACAAUACCUCUGAGAUGAUAGAAAAUCCCCCUCCAGCUGUCCACCUUCUCUGAUCUCACACUAAAAUAAAGUAUCCCUUCAUCGGUCCGUCGCUCUUUCACUCUUGUGUCGUGGUUCACCAACACUGCGCUUUUUGGUGAACAAAUACAAGGACAUGGAAUAAUUGGUGCGGACUGAGUCACACUGAGUUAUUAUACCCCACCAGGCCCCCCCUCAUAUUUAAAAUCACGUGUUUUACCCACUUGUGUCAGUAGUAGGAAAGAGGUUACGGAUAUGAAAAUGGAAAUCACAUUAUACAUAAUAUAUGUGUUAAAACACAGUUUAUAGUUGAAAGGAAAUGAACAGAAGCUGAAAUCUCCAUGCAUAAUGGGAGCCUGUAACUUUCUGUGUAUGUAACAAUGAAGAAAUGGAAGAAAGGCUCUUCUUCCCUUGUCCACUUGUUAUGUGUUUAAAAUAAAAUAUUUUUAUGAAUUUUUAUUAUAAUUUUUAAUGAACGCUGACAGAGGCCAACUCUUUGCUGUUUUCUGUCCCAUUACAUUGCGUUGUUUGACAGCUCCGCUUGCCUUUGAAACAUAAUUUAUAUUUGCCAAAGUACCUCUUGACUACUGAUCAUGCCGGUAUUUUUUUUGUUUUUUGUUUUUAAUUUAGUUUUUUUUUUGUUUUUUUUUUUUUUACUGCAAUACAGCCGACAGAAGGUUGAGCACUGGAGGCUUACAACAUCUUUGUACCACCAGAAUACAAUUUGUACAUGAUGAAUAAAUGGAUG